AUGAAUAUCAAUUCAAUAAUAUCUUCUAGUGCUAAGCGUAUAGUAAAAUCUGAACCUAGUCAUGAUAACAACAGCCGUUAUAAAAGUGAUUUGUCACGUGAUUUUAUUAAACAAAUAGAAGAAUAUGAACGAGAAAUAACUCGAUUAAAAGAAACACAUAAUGAACAAAUAUGUAAACUUUGUAAUGAAUUAGAAAAAUCAUCAUCAUUAUUGCAUCAAUAUAAAUUAGAACUUGAUUCAAUGCGAACAUUACUUAAUAUAAAAGAAAAAGAAAUAAAAAAUAAAAAUAAUGAAUUAUUUUUUAUGCAGGAUUUACAAACAAAAAAUAUUAAAUUAACUACUGAAAAUACAAAAUUAAAAAAUAAAUUAUCAAUAUUAACAAAUAAAUAUCAAGUAUUAUCAAAUGAACUGCAAAAUGCUCGACAGUAUGUACUAAAAAUGAUCGCGUGUUUAGAUUAA